GAUUCUCUUCCUAUGACCUUAGACUGUCCGUUUUUCACACUUUUAUCCCUCAAUUCCCACCGUAAUUGCUGAAUCUGCCAUACUUCUCUACUCUUUCAACGUAUCUAGUAAUAUGCUUGGAUUUCAAGGGUAGUUCAUAAGACUCGGGACUUUCAAGUGUAGUUCAUAAGACUCGGGACUCAACAGUGGCCUAUUUAGUUCUGUGUCGUACAUGCUAGUUUAUUUCACAUAUUCUGCCUCUCAAUUCCCAAACCUCCCUCUCCCUCUCCCUCUCUUCUCUCUCUCUCACAAGUUAGAAUGGCACCGAUGAGUCUCCCACCUGGGUUCAGGUUCCACCCAACAGAUGAAGAACUCGUUGCUUACUAUUUGGAAAGAAAAAUCACAGGCCGUUCUAUAGAACUUGAAAUUAUCCCUGAAGUUGAUCUUUACAAAUGCGAACCAUGGGAUUUGCCAGACAAGUCGUUCUUGCCAAGCAAGGAUAUGGAGUGGUACUUCUACAGUCCAAGAGAUAGAAAGUAUCCAAAUGGGUCAAGAACAAACAGGGCAACGAGGGCUGGAUACUGGAAAGCCACAGGGAAAGAUAGAGCAGUUCAGUCUCAGAAACGCCAAGUAGGGAUGAAGAAGACGUUGGUUUAUUACGAAGGAAGAGCACCACAUGGGAUUAGAACCAACUGGGUCAUGCAUGAGUAUCGCCUCAUUGAUUCCCUCCCUACUCCUUCUUCCUCCUCCUUGAAGGAUUCUUAUUCAUUAUGUCGUGUCUUCAUGAAGACGAUCCAAAUCCCAAAACCAAAAGAAGAUCAGGAAGAAGAGGAAACAGAAAAUACUGCAAAGAAUAAGGCAACUAAGUCUGACAUGUGGGUCGCAGAAGAACAAGGAUUAAGGGAGGAUUCAAGUGGGUUUGAGGUAUCUAGAGAAAUGGAAAUUGCAGAUGAGAAAACUAUGCUGAAUAAUAAUAAUCAUGAUGGUGAACGUUCUAAUGAUAAUAAGUUUCCUUGCGAUAAUGCUUCAUCUUCGGAUCUCACUCAAGGCACUCCUACUCAUCAACCUGGUAUAGCAGAUAAUGAUAUUCAAGCCCAAAUUGCUUCUGAUGAAGCAAAUAGUGCAGCUAAUCCGUAUUCCCUUGGAAUUGACUAUUCAUCAAGUCUAUUUCAGGAAAUGGAGCUCCAGAUGUAUGCUGGAAUGCACUAUCAACUUCCAUAUCCAUCAUUGGAGCUGGAAGAUAUCCCUCAGACAAAUUUUGCAGAGACGAAGCCAUUGAUGAAACCUGAACAAAUGAUGAUGAAUGAUUGCAUGGUAUACGACAAAUACAAGAGCUGCAACAGUACAAUGAGUGGGACUCUAGAAGAGAUCAUCUCCUUGUGUUGCUCUCAUCAAGACUGUAACUCUUUGCCUCUCCCUAUGCUAGACUGAUCUAUAAUACCUACUAGCUAACCCUAUAUAUGAUGAUAUCACACUACUCUAAAGUACAGCUCCAACACUAUUUCAUUUACACAAAGGUAUACUCGUCUUGUGGCUCUAAUCACAACACAAAGCGAUCUUGGAUUUGUUUGUUUUUUCAAAUCCAAGAAGGGCCCAUAUAUAUAUGUAUUGUACUAAAUAGGAGUAUGUUGAGUCAAGGGGGCUCGUUCACAUAUGUUUUUCCUUUUGUUUUCUCUCUUUGGAGGUGGGGUUUUGACAUUCCUAUUUAUUUAUUUAUUUUGUUUUUCUUUUCCUAUAGCCUUACAUAAUGUUGCUGUAUCUGAUCUGCUUCGGAAUGCAAAUGGAUUAGCAAAGUUUUUUUUUAGA